AUGCAAAAAAAAAAUAGUAUAGUAUAGAAGAAUGGGAAAAUAUUAGAAUUAUGGCUAUCCGGUCAUUUAAUAAUUGAAGGGAAUGAAUCUGAUGAUAUAUUAGGAAAUGGUUGUUAUUUAAUGUAUCCUUGGGUUAAUCGACUAAGUGAUAAAAAUGUUUAAUGUUAAUUUCGGGAUUCAAAUGGUUAUCCAUUACACGGGUUAUAUGUUAAUGCCGAGAGAUAAAUAUUAGAAGGAAAAGAGAAUUAGACUUGCUUAACACCAAAAGACCAUGAUUAAUAACAAAGUCAUUUUACAGAAACAUACACAUUUACGAAAGAGAAUUAGUUAUCUUUAUAAUUUAAUAUUUUCGAUAAAUAAGGUCUUGAGUAUGGAAUAGGUUAUCAUCCUUAUUUUAAUUUUGAAAAUAUUGAUGAUGUAACCAUGAUUACAAAUUUAACUAAAAGGUUAGUUGUUAACUAAGAUUUAAUCCCAAUUGGUGAUUAGUUAUAAUGGGAAGAUGUAGACUUGGCAGUAAUAUCUUUAAGGAAUCAAUAAUUCGAUACUUGCUUUACAAGCAAUAAGGAUAAAAUUUUUAUUAAGUUGGUAAGUAGCAAAUAUACUUUAAUUAUUGAAUCAGACACCAUGAAAUAUUGUUAAAUUUAUACUCCUCCAGAUAGGAAGCGAAUCGCUAUUGAACCCCAGUCAUCAACAGCAGAUUGCUUCAAAUAUAAGACAUUCUUAAAAGGAAAUUGUCAACUUGGUUUUACAAUUACAAUAAUUUGAAGUUUAUUUAAUAUCAAUCUAUAAUAUUUAAUUAAUG